AGUGCCAGUGCCUAACAAGGAGCCUAACGUGGACUAAAUCCAAAUUGAGAGAGUUGUUUCCUACCGCUAUCUCCUACAUGAGCGAACUACUACGGUUAUUGUGCGACGCUUGUACCACUUCCCUGCAGCUGCACCUGAAGCAAUCGUUCCACCACCAGCCUCUGGCAGAGCUCCUCCUUUCGUAACAUUGCUGUGAGUGUUACAACCGUUACGCACAACUAGUGCCGCGUCCUUUCCUUUUGACUCGACUCAUCACAAGCUUGAGAAAAAGCAAAAAUAGCGAACUCGUUCUGGUGAUCUUUUCAGUUAAUCGGCCCGAGCGUCCGAAUUAUGGCGGGCACCGUGGCACCACCAGUCGCUGAUCGGUCAAAAAUGUUGAAAUCGCAGCUGCGAAAGGAAGUGCGCGCGCUGCUUCGAGUGCUCUCGGACGCAGAGGUCGCGGACCAAUGUGCCGCACUGCAGAAGCAUUUUCUCAACAGCGAGGUUUACCAAAACGCCGCGAGUGUGGGCAUAUAUCUGCCCAUGCAAAAGAAGGGCCGUAGAGAGGCGUGGACCGAACACGUCAUUGCAACGGCUCUAUUCCAAGAUGGAAAGCGCGUUUUUCUGCCUACGGUGUCUGGACCUGAGCGCAUGGGAUUUUCUGAACUGAAGGCGGGAGCCGGCAAAGAUUCCCUGAAUCAGAAUAGCGAGGACAGUGCGAGUAGAAGACGCGGUAAAGACGCGGAAUAUCUCCAUGCGGCGAUUGGACAGGACACGACAAGACAAGUUGCCGAAAAAUUUAGUCCUAAGCAAGCUGAAGAUGAUGAUCCCCCGCACCACAAGUACGAUGUCGAUGGCGCCGAGUUGCUGGGCCCGCUCGAUGAUCUAAUCAAGAAAUGCCUGGUCCUUUCAGCUUACGGCAUACCCGAGCCACCGCUAGACCUUGCGACCGAAGACGGACGGGAGGCCAACGCUGAAGCUGCAAGACUUAUGGACGUCAUUGUCGUGCCCGGUGUUGCUUUUUCUGCAGGAUCAAAGUCGCGAAUAGGACAGGGCGCAGGCUACUACGACAGAUGGAUCGCAGAGAACCUAUCUGCGCGAAAGGUAGAGCGCGACGCUCUACAAAAACAAAAAGGCUUGAAUGACGAGUAUGGGAAUAGCAAUCGAGACGAUUUCGAUUGCCCAAGAGAUGAGGAACUGAAUCCUAAGCCUCGCCGUGCGGUUCUCGUCGGGUAUGGAUUUCGAGAGCAAUUGCCUGAAAAAUUUCCGGACGGCGUCGAGUGCGCUUGGGAUCAGAAGCUAGACUACAUUUUGACGCCUGAUGGGUGGAUAUCUUAAAGCGCGAUGAAGACUUGAGCUUUGAAGACAUGCAGGGGCCUAGGUAGUAGGACGACUAGGAUCCGCAAGAUAAUCAUGCUUCGUGCUAGAAUCCUUUCUACGGGUUUAACGGAUGACGAAAAUGAUGCACACU